AUGGCAACGGGCUUUUCGGGAGCGGCACCUAAGAACCUAAGAUGGUCAAGGCACGGGGCGAAUUUGGCCGAGGAAUGCGCCACCACGCAAGCGCUGCGCGCCGUCGUCUGCAACAAGAUUGCCCGAGCGGCGAAGAAUGAUAAGGGAGACCGUGGACGACGAGACAUCAACAAAACAAACGCAAUAGAGGUUAAAAGUGCAUUCUGCGAUGCCUUUCAUCGCAUCGAAACGAUCACCAACAGCCUCGCCCAGCAUGCCUUGGCUUUCAAGAUCUCCGUCCUACAACUCGCCAGCCUCAUCACCCCGUCUAUCAAACUCAGCAAGAAGCUCACCGAGGACGUCACCGAGAUCGAGCUUGUGCGGUCCGAUAAAGAACUAUGGCCCAAGCAGCCGUUUGCGUUGCUCCAGGAUGAUCUCAGGGAAAUGUGGAAGAUGCUGCCGGGGCUGAUGACAUCGCUGAGGACACACGUCGCCAACCACCGCGCACACCUGUCUCGAAGCCAUCUGAAAGAUAUUAUCGUUCAGCUCAGCUUGGCCAUCGUUGAAGUGGGAAUGAUCACGCUCGCUGUACCGAUGUUUAUGAUUCUUCCGGGGAUUCUCUUCGCGGCAUGGCUGGCGUUGUCCAUGAGCUUGGUUUUGGCUCUCAGCUGGCUGAUGAACGGGAGCAACAUCAUUGUCAACUGCGAUGAGUUCGGCAACAGCACGCCAGAGGCAGAGGAAGAUGAGGAGAAGUGGAUCUUCAUCGGCGGCAUGGGAACAAGCUCUACACAUCUCUCACAAUGCACUCUCCCCCGCCUGGCUCGCCUCUUUGGCAAGUCCUUCAGCGGCAUCCAGAUGGCCACAUACGGCCUCCCCUUCGACAUGCUCCUCCUGGCCAUCCAACGCUGCUUCCCCUUCCAGACCCAAGCCUCGCGAGCGCUCUACUCCGAACUUCGCACCGCCCUCCUCGACGCCGCCGUCACCCGAGUCGCCGUCCUCGCCCACAACAACGGCACCCUCCCCACGGCCCUCGUCCUCGCCCGCCUCUGCGCCGACAUCCAGCCCGAGAAGCUCAACAAGCUCGAGAUCUACACCUUCGGCGCCGCCGCCUCAGAGUUCGUCGUGCCCCUCGGCGACAGCCGCAAGUCCCGCUUCGAGGAGGCCGUCAUCGACGAGCGCGGCCCGCACAUUGAGCACUUCGCCUACGCCAACGACCCCUUCGCGCAGAUGGGCGUCCUGCGCGCCGUCAACAAGAAGUUCGACGGCCGCUUCUGUGGCGGCGUCUACAUCAUCCACAACCAGAUCCCCCAGCCCUCGGGCCACUGGGUGCCCGACCAGCGCCCCGUCAUGCUGCUGACCGACUACCUCUCCGCGCUCUUCCCGGACCCGUCGUCCCCGUCCGCGCCCAGCAGUCUGCUUGACUACGUCAUGGUCAUCGACCGCGAUAUCGCCGAGCGACGUGAGCUCGCUGCCAUGGCUAAUCAUGCACAGACGAAGCGGACGCGGAAGGACAACCGGCGCCUCAGCUGGACCGCGCUCGGGGCCACCGUCGGCGGGAAGAAUGGCCUGCUCGACGGCGGCGUCAUCGGUCUUGAGCUGGCGCGGAAGGGAUGCCGUGACUGUGACGGCCACCGAGGACGCGAGGUCAGCUGGCUUCACAGGUACGUGCAGACCGGCUGGGUCGUGGAGAAGAAGGACUCGAACCCCGUCGCCGACGCGAUGGGGAUACUCUGCGGUCAUCAAUGA